AUGACUGUCCACAACAUCGAAACUGUUGAUGCCUGGAAGCAGGCUCUCAAGGACAACAAGGUCGUCAUGCUCGACUGCUUCGCUACUUGGUGCGGUCCCUGCAAGGCUAUCGCCCCCAUCCUGGCCAACCACUCCAACGACGAGAAGUACAAGGAUGUCUUCUUCGCCAAGAUCGACGUCGAUGACCUCCCCGAGCUGAGCCAGGAACUCGGCAUCCGCGCCAUGCCCACCUUCAUGCUCUUCAAGGAUGGCGAGAAGGCUGAUGAGCUGGUCGGUGCCAACCCCAACGCUCUUGUCACCCUCCUCGACAAGGGCCUGUAA